AUGAUCUGCUGUGACUGCAGGAUCGACCCUUCUGAGUUGGAUGGUGACUCUUCUGUGAGGCCAUCAAAGCCCCUUAUUGUUGACGCCUCAAAUGUCGUUGGAAGCUUUGCAAAGAGCGGUGACGAUGCAGCACCCACCGCCAGAGGAGCAGAGACUACGAUCAUGGUUCGUAAAAAAACCACCGCCCUCAAGCGCACUAAGCGUCGAGACUCCGAUACCACGUCGUCGUCCUCGUUUGACCUCUCCGACGAUGAUGGUUACUCUGCCGUUGAAGACAUUACCGAUUCGGAAGAUGACGAUGAGGAUGAUGUUGAUGCGGUCGAGGAGGAGAACAUUCGCACAGAAGCCGUGCUCGAGCCUCUGACCUCUCCUCGACCGCUCCUCGACGACGACAACGCUGAAGAAGAAGACGAUGACGACGACAACGACCAAGUUUCUGACCAGGAAAUCGAACUCGAAGUCGAUGUUUCUGUCAAUGGCAAUAUCGAAUUCGAUGACGCCGACGAACAGACCAGCUGGGCCGGCAUCGUCUCCGACCCAGAAGAUAACCAAGUGUCGGAUUUCUACAACGACGCUAGCGUCUUCACCUCAGAUGCGGCCAUUGAGCGUCACGUUCGCUUUGAUGUUCCUUCAAGCGACUCUGAUUCUACCGACACCGAGGACGAUCAUGGCGACCUGUUCCCCGACAUAUUCGUUGCUCAAAACUCUCUAGACCCCGCUUUUCGCAAAGAGAUUGAAAAUGACCCCGACGACGGUUCCUCCGACUCUGGCACCUUUUGGGAUUAUUCUGGCCAGUACCACGUUGGCAACGAUUCCGACGCUGAAGAUAUCAUUCGCCAGCUCUCCGACAACGACACUCCCAUCGCCAACUCGCACAGCAAACACAUCGAGAUCGAGGACAUAACGCCCGCCUUGGCCGACGUGCAAGAUCUCGAUGGCUAUGAAACUGAUGGUGACACGACUGAAGACGACACUCCAGAACCUCCUGUACGCAGAAAGACCCGGCGUCCAUCUGUUUCCAUUAGUGAAAUGACCGAUUCUGAGUCGGAACCCGUAAAGAACCAACGUGGCCAGCCUCGUGUCCGCCGUUUCAAGCUAGACCGCUCCGACAAGAAGCCCAUUGCUGUGCUGAACCCCCUCACUCGAAAAAUGAUGAUUUUCACUCCGCACCGCCGUCAGCAGCUAGACCUCUCCCCCGAGCAGUUCAACUUUGCCUGGCCCCUGGAAGAUCAAACCUUCUCAAUCAACAACCCCACCAACAUGAUGCUGAAUGCCAUGUUUUCCUCCAACACAUUUGGUGAUUUUGUGAAUCCGCAACUCAUAGGGCCUUCGGACGCCUUCUUUCCUUUUCCGACAGAGGGUAUCGUCGACGGCAGCUCCUCCAGCAUCGAAGGCGAGGAUGAUGAUGCCGAAAAGAACUUGGAUAUAAGCGACUUCAUCACCUGGGAUGAGGGCGGUUCAUCCGGCGAGGAAGAUGAAAAUGGUAACUGGCAACCGUCGUCUACUCCCGUUCGCCCCACAACGGCCUCGAGCGAGAUUGAUGUAUUCUCCCACCUCAACCCGGAGACGGUUGGCGCUUUCCGGCGCAACCAGAUCAACCAGCAGUUGAUUCUUAGCAACCAGGCCACGCAGGACUCGUUGGCCUUUAGCGGGCCCUACAACUACACGGCUCUCAAGGGCCUGAAGUCGGACCGCUUCGACACGGCGGGCAUCCCUCUCACACCCAUCCGCCGUCACAAAAAGCACAUGGGUGACAUGGCUCGCAGCCCGCUCGAAAAUGUGUCUGCGAAACGUAAAGCCUCGGGUGAUCACGCCAAUGCCAGCCACAAGCGACACCGCAGCAUCUCGGAUGUCAACAUGCUACGAAUCUAA